AUGGAUCUUACUUUACCGGAAACAGGAUGGACACCCCAGCUGGUAGCUUUGGGUGUGAUAACAACGUUUGGUGCAUCGAUACCAGUAGGUUUCAGUAUAGGCGUUAUAAAUGCACCAUCUGAAUUCAUUAAACACUGGUGCAAUGGCACGAUUCAUCGAAACUACGACGUUCAUCUAUCGGAUUCUGCCUUAAAUGCUAUCAUUGCUGUGACGAUCUCAAUUGCCUUGAUCGGUGGUGUGAUUGGAUCGUUGCAAGGGGCAUAUUUAGCGGAUAGAUAUGGAAGAAAAAAAUCAUUCUUGUUCUGCGCGGUCCUGCUUACGGUAGGUGCGAUAUGUUUCCUAUCGUGUCGUGCUGCAUCAUCGGUGGAGUUGCUGCUUUUGGGAAGACUUCUGGUUGGUUUGGCGUCAGGUUUAACAACUGGUGUGAUCCCGAUGUACCUAGCCGAAGUAUCUCCAAUAAAACUCCGCGGUGCCAUGGGUGUAUUGUGUCCGCUGGGACUCACAACUGGGGUCGUUAUUGGGCAGGUGGCAAGUCUCGAACAGGUUUUUGGAACUGACGAGCUCUGGCAUUACGCCCUCGGCUGCUACGUGGUGUUAAAUCUUUUCUGUUACGCAUUUUACUGCUGGAUUCCGGAGAGCCCGAAAUAUUUGUACAGCGUGAAAGGCGACCAGGCUGGAUCCUUGCGUGCCAUCCGGAAACUGUUCGGACGCCAUGCAAUUGGUGAUGAUUACAUAAAACUGCAGAUGGAAUGCGCGAAUGGCCAGAACGGUAGCUCGAGCAAUGGGCAACAUCCAGAGGAUGGCCAACCACCGGCAAGCCGUUCGUUAUGUUCGGUUCUGCAGGAUUCAACACUCACAUUACCGCUUGUGCUUGUCUGUGCACUUCAAGGAGGCCAGCAACUUUCAGGAAUUAAUGCCGUGUUCUUUUACUCGGUGUCUAUUUUCGAAUCAGUGGGCUUUAGCUCGACAGCCGCCAAGUUCGCCAAUCUAGGAGUUGGAUGUUUGAAUUUGUUUGUUUCAUUAUUUGCACCGUUACUGAUGGCACGCUGCAAUCGCCGAAGUCUAUGUGUGCUGUCGUGUUCCAGUUGUGCAGUCAUUCUGUUCCUUCUUACAUUAUCCAUAUAUUUUAUCGAAACUAUCGAAUGGUUUUCAUACUUAUGUAUAGGAACCAUCCUUCUCUACAUCAUUUUCUACCAAUUCGGACUCGGUCCUAUUCCAUUCUUUAUCGGAUCAGAACUCUUUGAGCUUGGUCCACGCCCGACGGCCAUGGCACUGGGUAGUCUUUCUUCGUGGGGAUGCAACUUUAUUGUCGGCAUGGCCUUUCCAACUCUACAAGGCAUUUGGGGUGCCUUUGUGUUUCUGCCAUUUUCCAUUACGUGUGUUUUAUUGACAAUUUUAGUUCAGCUUUACUUACCAGAAACCAGGGGUAAAGAAAUUACCGAAGUUGUACAGAAGGUAUCGCAUGGUUUUCGUUCUAAAGUUAAAUAGAACAACAACUUAGCUAAACUACAUUUUACUAGAACUUUCUUUAACGACAUCCCCUUAUCGUGUAUUUCAAUUUUUUGGAGUAGUCAGUCGAGAAUUACAGAAAAAACAAUACUGGAAUAUGCACCCUGUUAACGAAGUCUUCCGUCAAUGUUUAGUUAUUAUUAACCGCGUCGCCACGCUGAUACGAAACCACGUUAUUCGUGCAUUAGUAAAUAAUGUAUACAAAAGUAGUAAAUUUUUGCUUGUGCUAGGUGAUUUGUUUUAUUUGCAAAAUAUGAAAACAUAAUAUGACCAGGGCAUUCGUAAAGAAAUAAAUAAAAUCUCCAAAAUUCGAGUCCGUGCUU